AUGCAACCAACCAACAUAAACUUCAGUAUUCCUGAGAGUUAAAACCCUUAAGCUGCUCUUGAACAAUUUCUUGCAUCUUAAUCACAGCUUGCUCGCCUCUAAGCACUCUAAAACUUGAGUAACUUGAUAAAAAAAGAAGGCUCACUUAAGGGUUUCGGACUUCAAAUGAACAAUCAAUAAUCACAAUCUCAAGUACAAGAAAACCUUGGAUAUCUUAACUAACAACUUUUCUAAUAGAAUAUGAGGGGUAAACCAAAUUUAGAUAUGCCAUUAUAUAAUCUAAUUCAUCAAAGAUAAAACUCAGAUGUGGUCAGUAAUUAGAAUUCAUAUUACAAUCUUCUCAGCUAACAACUUAGACAUGAAUAAAUUCAACAAUUGCAAAUGCAAGCAUAAGCCUUCGAAACCUACUAGUAGCAGAUCUAAUAUCAGCAAUAGCUUGCUAGCUAACCUUUGAUGAGAAUAGACUAGACUUACAUUGACCUAUUAUAAAACGGUCCUUCUCAAGUUACUAAGCCAACCAUGGAUUUGACUUUGGGAGUCUAAAUGACUGGCACCAAACAAAGAGACUUUUUUAAAUUUUUGUGUGGAAAAAACCUCUCCGAAAUUAAUCUAUCGACCCCAUAAAGAUAAAGCAUAUAUGACUACAUUAAUAAAGUAGAGGACGAAAGCUUGAUUAUAAUCAGUCCUUUCAACAAUCCCGCCACAUAAAACAUGAACAAACCUACAAAGAACACGGAAAGAUCAUCCUGUUUCAGAGGCGUCUCGAAAAAUGGCCAUCUUUGGCAGGUGCUGAUUAUGAACAAUAAGAAGAAGAAGUACGUUGGCUCCUUCGCAGAUGAAAAGGAUGCUGCACUUUUAUAUGACAAAGUUGCCAUCUUGACUCACGGAAUCAAGAAAUAUUGA